AUGGUCAGCACCCGUUCAACAGUGCAGAAAUUGAUUCCACUUAAUCCAGAACUUGAGCAGAAUUUAAGGAGGAGACGUAGGGAGCAAAUUUUGCAGUGGGUUCCUCCUCUGCAGGGAACUUUUCUACAGCCUUUAAAUUCUGGAGACCUGCACAGUAAAGGAAAAAUGACAUUCGUUAUUCCAGAGGCGGGUUUGCCUUUGGGUGAUUCUUUAACAGCCCAUACCACAAACAUACCAAGUUGCAUUACUUAUCCGGCAGUGGAGGAAGGGUCUACAUUUGAAAUAAAGCAGCACAUGUUGAAUAUUCUACCUACAUUUCAUGGGUUAUCAUCUGACGAUCCAAACAUGCAUAUUGCAGAAUUUUUAAUGGGUUGCAAAAAUAUUUUGGUGAGGGGAUUUUCAGCCGAAUCUAUUAAGCUUUGUUUGUUUCCAUACACUCUAAAAGAUCAAGCAAGGAGAUGGCUUCUCACGCUCCCAUCUGGAAGCAUUACAACUUGGGCCCAACUCAGUGAAAUUUUUUUAAACAAGUAUUAUCCAGCUUCGAAGACUCUUGACAUGAGAACUCAGAUUUUAUCAUUUGCCCAAAAGCCAAAUGAAGAGUUUCAUGAGGCGUGGGAGCGGUUCAAAGAGUUGAUUAGAAAAUGUCCACAUCCGGGUAUUAACACUACUGAUCAAAUGCAUAUAUUUUUUAGAGGGUUAAAUAUGACUACAAAAACUCUUGUCAACGCUUCAUGCGGAGGUUCGUACAAAGAUAAAAAUGCACAAGAGGCUUGUUUAUUAUUUGAAAAAAUGGCAGCAGAUACACAACAAUGGGCAGUUGAGCAGCCACAAUCUAGAUCUGUUUUUGAGAUGUCAAAUGGUUCACCAUAUGUGCCGGCACAAAUUGAAAAAAUGGAGAAAAAGCUUGAAAGAUUUGAUGCAAAAUUUGACAUGUUAUUACAAAGAAUUUCGGGUUCACAGGUUGUUGUACAACAGCCUUUACAAGCUGCCUGCAGCAUUUGCAGCUUGACAAAUCAUGAUUUUUUGAGCUGUCCACAUAAAGAUGCUUAUCCGGAGUUUAUAGUGGAGCAGGUUAAUUCAUUUAAUAAUUUUCAACGUCCCAGAUAUGACCCGUAUUCAAAUUUCUACAACCCAGGUUGGAGAGAUCAUCCUAAUUUAAAGUGGGACAAGGAUCAGCACUCUUGGCCUCAAUUUCAACAGCAGGUACAUCAACCUGCUGCACCUAAGGCUGCUUGGGAGGUUGCAAUUGAAAAAUUAGCAAAUAUUACCACUCAUGAAAUCCAAAAUCUGCAUGCAUCAAUGAAAAAUAUGGAAAAACAAAUUGGGCAAAUUGCUGUGCAGGUUUCAGAAAGAGCUCCUGGUACAUUUUCUAGUCAAACAAUACCUAAUCCAAGAGGACGAGAAGAAUGCAAUGCUAUACAGACUUUACGGUCUGGCAAAAGUUACAACAACAUACAUGAAAAUUUUGUUGGAAAUUCGCAGGCAGUAGAACUGCCUCAAACUACAUCUGCAAAUUUUACAGAUUCUGAAAUUUCUGCAGAUUCUGGGCAGUCCCAAGACAGAUCCGAAAAUACUGCAGAAGCUACCACAAAAACUGCAUAA